UCCUCCUCUCUUCCUUUCUCCGCCAUUGUGGUGUGUGCUUUACUCCGUUUCUUGCCAUGUCUUCUCACAAGACUUUCAGGAUUAAGCGAUUCCUGGCCAAGAAACAAAAGCAAAAUCGUCCCAUUCCCCAGUGGAUUCGGAUGAAAACUGGUAAUAAAAUCAGGUACAACUCCAAAAGGAGACAUUGGAGAAGAACCAAACUUGGUCUGUAAGAAAUUACACGUGAU